AUGGAUGAGAGAGCUGGUCAGCAACAGCAGGGAAGACCCAACCUUCAUCUGGAAAAGCUCCAGCACUGGGUGAAACACCGGAAGAGUGGGCAACUCUUGGUGCUGGCGGUGAGCCAGCUAUGGCUGUCAAUGGCUGUGGUGCCCUUUGCCAUCUCAGUAGCCUGCCUGAACUCUGCUUGUUGCCUGGCCACAGCCCUGCCACUUGGGCCUGGAGCCUUAGGUCUCCUCACUGGGACUGUCACACUAGAGCUUCGCAGAUCACCCCGCCUGUGGAAGGUGCAGGCCAUGAUGAUAUUCAACAUCUUCAACAUGAUCUUGGGCUUCAUCGUGGCGGUGGUCGAGAUGAUGAAAACAGCCUUGGGCAUCUUCAGUCCUGUCUACCUGCAGCUGGCUGGCUUGCUGGUGAUGGAGCUCAGUGCUGAAGCCUUCACCCUAGGGGGAGUGCUAGUCUCAGCAUUUGCCCUAUUCCUGCUGAGCCAGAGGAAGCCAGGAUGCUGCAGGAGCCAGAGUCUGCACUACCAGGAACUUCAGGAGGGCUUCUCUGAGUUGGAGGAGGUUCUUGGUUUGGAGAAUGGUCCCAAGGUGGCCAGCACAGGAAACGGAACGAAUGAGUGA